AUGCACAGACGCUCGUCUGGCUCGCCGGCCGAGGACGACGCUGAAGACUCCGUGAUCACCGUCUCUCGAACCCAGACUGAGCCCAGCCAUGCUCCCCAUGUUCUCGAUCCGCCGGAAAAAUCCCGCUCGCAGGCAGCCAGAACCGGCACCAGCUUCGAUCUGCGGCGAGACACUACCGGCACCUCCAACACCCGCUCGAGAAACUCGAGUCUCUGGCGCACUCCCUCCUCCCAUGAGUCCCGAUCGUCGUCCGUCAUGACCCCGCUGGCCUCCCAGCGAUUGCCGAUGGAAGCCUCCCCGGAAGGCCAGCACCGCUUUCGCCCGUCGCAUCUCCGCAGUCCCUGGCCGAUCUCCGUGCUAGCCGCGCUCACCACGCUCGUCGCCUCGAUAUUCUUAUUCUUCAUCUGCCGGUCCUUCACCGUGCGGCAAGUCGGCGGCGAUGGAUGUGGCAUUCCCGUCAUGAGCCCCACGUUCAUUCGCAUGGUCGGAUUCGACACGGAACACACUCGUUUUGCCAGCAAAUACAAUUUGUUUCUUUAUCGGGAAGAGGGGGUGGAUCCGUACAACCAGGAGAAUCUCGGGCUAAACGGUGCACCGGUGCUCUUCUUGCCUGGAAACGCCGGUAGUUACCGACAAGUUAGAUCCCUGGCUGCCGAGGCGUCGCGCCACUACGCCGAUGUCGUCCGUCAUGACCAAGAGCGCCUCAAGACGGGCACACGGAGUCUAGAUUUUUUCAUGAUUGAUUUCAACGAGGACAUGGCCGCCUUCCAUGGUCAAACGCUGCUAGACCAGGCGGAAUACGUCAAUGAAGCUAUCUCAUAUAUUCUGUCGCUCUACCACGAUCCUCGACGAUCGCGGAGAGACCCCGGCCUGCCAGAUCCCAGCUCUGUCAUCCUGAUCGGACACUCUAUGGGGGGCAUUGUGUCUCGCACCGCGUUGACCAUGGCCAACUAUCAGACGAACUCCGUAAACACCAUCAUCACCAUGUCAGCCCCGCACGCAAAGCCUCCGGUCUCGUUUGAAUCAGACAUUGUUCACACGUACAAACAGAUCAACGAUUACUGGCGCGAGGCUUACUCGCAGACAUGGGCCAAUAACAAUCCGCUGUGGCAUCUGACACUGAUCUCCAUUGCCGGUGGUUCGCGCGAUACAGUGGUUCCGUCCGAUUAUGCCAGUAUAUCCUCGCUCGUUCCGGAAACGCACGGUUUCACUGUUUUUACCUCCACCAUCCCGGAUGUGUGGAUAGGGAUGGAUCAUCUGUCCAUUACAUGGUGUGAUCAAUUCCGUAAAGCGAUCAUCAAAUCUCUAUUUGACGUGGUAGAUGUCCGCCGGGCUAGCCAGACGAAGCCAAGAGCUGAGCGCAUGCGGAUCUUCAAGAAAUGGUAUUUAACCGGUCUGGAAAGUGUGGCAGAGCGCACGCUGCCCCAACAAGAGCCCAGCACGCUCUUGACAUUAGAAGACAGCACCAACACCAUCCUCCCGCAAGGUCAACGAUUGGUUCUCCGAGAAUUCGGUCAUGAGACGGGUCCGAAUGUGCACCUGCUGCCGGUCCCUCCGCAAGGAGUAUCAGGGAAAAAGUUUACGCUCCUUACGAACCAGCACUUCGACAAAACGGGCGAACACGGGACCCUGGAGGUUCUGUUCUGCAACGUUUUCCCCAUGCACAAUGGCAAACUUGCGGGCGUAUUCUCAAUGAACGUGGACUUCUCCGGCGGCAGUGCCGGCUCAACUCGCCUUGCCUGCAAGAAUGCCGCCGAUGAUGGGAUUCAUUUGCCGGCGUCGACGCAUUCUUCCCGACAUGCUUAUGACAGGGUUACGCCUUUCUCGUACCUACAGUAUGACCUGGAGGACCUGGUAGAGCACCAGUUCGUGGCGGUCGUUGACAAGGCUCGUUCUCCGGCUCGCGGCUGGGUCGUCGCUGAGUUCUCCGACAGUUCGGACUCAGUGAUCAGAGCCCAUGUGGGCCUGGGAGGACUGCUUAGUGCCGGUGUCAAAAUGCGACUGCCUGCGAACCGUCCUAUGCUCACGGAGGUCAAGAUCCCCGCCUUGCAUUCAAGCCUGUUGAAUUACAAGCUCAAGAUCGUGCGACGCGGCCCGCGGCAUCAGCAGGAGCUCUUCGCGCCGUUGUUGCGCCAGUCGAUUCCGGACCCGCACGAGUCGAAAUUCUUCGUCAAUGUCCAGCAUGUUCAUGUCAACCUGCACGGUGUUGCGCCCUUUAUGCCUCCCCCGCUUCGCGAACAGGCCGCACUGGGUGGGGUAUCUUUCCAGCUGUGGACGGACCCAACUUGCGAGUCGUCGGUCGAUAUUUCUUUGGCAGUGGAUAUUCUAGGCAGCUUGGGUGAGCUCGUAAUGCGGUACCGGACUGUCUUCGCAGCUUUUCCGGUUCUUGUCAUCGCCCUUGUUCUUCGCAAACAAUUCCAGGUGUACAACGAAACCGGCUAUUUCAUCACUUUUCUCGAGGGUCUUGACAGCACCAUACGAUCAUCCCUGCCCAUCCUGCUGCUGGCUAUGUCACUGCUGGCGUCCUCCCUGGCUACAUCUAGCACCCUGCCGCCGCGCGACGAAAUGUUCCACUGGCACACGAACGCCACCGAGACUCCAGUUGACUAUACGAAGAAUGACCUGCUAUUGGGCUCUCAGGACGCCUUCUUCUGGUUUCUGGUACCAAUCUUCGGCAUGAUUAGUGUGGGUGUUUGUGUUCUCAUCAACUACGUCGCAUUGUCUCUACUUUCGGUCUUUGCCUUCAUAUAUGGACUCCUGAACAGCCGGUCCGGUUACAUCAAGCGAGAUGACAAGGGAAAUAUUUCCAUGUUCUCUGCUCCCACGCCGAGACGGAGACUGAUUAACACGGCUAUCCUGCUCAUCCUUGUCUCAACGGUCGUUCCUUACCAGUUUGCAUACAUGGUGGCUUGCAUUGUGCAGCUAGCUACUUGUGUGCGCGCCCAAUGGCACGCCAAAGAGACCAACUCCACGACUCAUUAUAACUUUGCAAACUAUACCUACUCGAUCUUUUUGCUGAUGCUCUGGAUCCUUCCGAUCAACAUCCUUGUUCUGCUUGUCUGGGCGCACAACCUUGUGGUUCACUGGUUCAUGCCCUUUUCUUCCCAUCAUAAUGUGCUGUCCAUCAUGCCUUUUAUCCUGCUUGUCGAGGCUAUGACGACAGGAACCAUGAUCCCUAGAGUCACCACACGGUUAAAAAACAUCACAUCUGUUCUCCUCUUCGCAAUCGCGGUGUACUCGGCGGUGUACGGCGUGUCCUACGCCUACCUCCUCCACCAUCUUACUAAUAUACUGGCUGGCUGGCUGGUCGUGAUCUACCUGUUUGGCAGCGGCUUCUCGAUUCGCCGAUUGUGGCGGCUUGUGGACGGAGAUGAAGGGACGCCCGCCUCCGCGGAAGCCGGCAGUCACAUGAAGAAAAAGCCAUAA